UAUUGUUUUGUCACGUGCAGUGUUUUAAUAUCAAGGAUGGAUUAUAUCAAGUAUGUUUGGAGGCAGGUCCAAAUGUCAAAUUACACAAAUUUAAUUUGUUCAAUAGACAACAUUGUUGUUUGCAAUUUUAGAUAGUGGUUUGAGUUGAAGAUUGAACUUGACAUGGAUAGUGGUGAAGAAGACGAUUUUGUGGGUUUAGAGGGUACGCCACCAAAAAUACAAGAAGCUGCAGCCGCAGCUACCGCCAAUCUGAUGCCACAAAAGUCGAAAAAGCAAUAUGAAAAACAGUAUAAACUGUUUAUAAAUUGGCGACAAGAAAAGCAAACUGAAUCAUUUUCCAAAAAUGUUCUAUUAGCGUAUAUACAACAAUUAUCAACACGUAUGAAACCCUCAUCAUUGUGGGCUAUUUACUCUAUGCUCCGAACAACACUUAACCUAAAAAACAACAUCGACAUCAGUAAAUAUCCAAAGUUGUGUAAAUUUCUCAAGAAUAAAUCCAGUGGGUAUAACCCUAAAAAGUCAAGAAUUUUGACACCAGAACAAAUCAAAGAAUUUUUGUGUUCAGCACCAGAUGAAAACUACUUAUUUUCAAAGGUGGGGUUAAUUUUUGGAAUAAUGGGAGCUUGUCGCCGUGAGGAAUUAAUGAAACUAGAAACAAAUCAUGUUGAAGAUCUUAGUACAGCAUUAUUAGUUCAUAUUCCUGACACAAAAACCAAAACAGAACGUCAGUUUGUUAUCGGAGGCAAUUUUUAUGGAAUUUGCAAAAAAUAUAUGGAACUUCGUCCGCAAGAUGUACAUACUACACGAUUUUUUCUAAAUUAUCAACGAGGAAAAUGCACAAGACAGCCGGUCGGUAUAAAUAAGUUCGGUAGUCUUCCUUGUCAAGUUGCAACAUUCCUUAAACUACCAAAUCCAACUUCUUAUACAGGCCAUUGCCUUCGCCGAUCCUCUGCUACUUUAUUAGUAGAUGCGGGGGCUGACAUUACUGCCCUCAAACGCCAUGGGGGAUGGCGUUCAACAACAGUUGCAGAAACUUAUAUUGAUCAUUCGUUAAAUAAUAAAAUUCAAACGGCCAAUAAAAUAUCAAACAUUAUUCAGUCUGAAAGUUCAAACAUUACUCAGUCUGAAAGUUCAAACAUUAUUCAUUCUGAAAGUUCAAACAUUAUUCAAUCUGAAAGUUUUGACAUUGAAAACACUGUUGACAAGAAUAUAAACUUAGAGUUUUCAAGUAACACACAUGACAAAACAAGAAUUAACUAUAAUAACACACCUCUUAUACAAUUCAACAAUUGUAACAAUAUAAGUAGUUUAACAGUUGCUCUUCAUAAUAAAUAA